GAGAAGAGAGGGACUGGGAGUGUUGUGUGAAAAGAGUGCAGGCCAACGAGCGAGACAAAAGAGGCUGCGGCUGCAUUGAAUGUGCCGGCGGUGUGUCCGUCUCCGAAGCCACAAGCUAACCACAUUUCCCCGUCUCUCUCCGGCAUUUUUUUGCUACACACGGCGGAGAAAUAUCGAAUAGGGGAACCAUUUGUUAUAGCUGGAAGCGCGAAGUUGAGGACUUGGGAAAAAAGAAAGCUCCCCUCCGUCGUAUACCGGGUGUUUCUCCUCUCCUCUCCCCGUCCCUACUACGCGUCGAGCGCGGUGCGGUUUGGGGCUGGAGAUAUCACCCAGAACAAAGGAGACUUGAAGCAAGGAAUGAGUGAGCCGAGACUAGCUUUGCCAUUACCUUUGAAAGCGGGCCAAAUGCCUCUCUGAGACCAACAAUAGUACAUCGGCUGCUCGUAUUUCUCGACGAAGCUUUCCGCCCCAAAAGGGAGAAAGAAGAAGGACAAAAAACGCUCUCGGAGACUCACAAGUCGGCGGCUACAAUGUUUCCUCAAAACCGACCACCGGCUCCUCUCCAGCCACCCCCUGGUUCCUCUGCCUCAGUGGUGGCUGCUGCAGCAGCCGCCGCUGCAGCAGCAUCGGGACCACCCCAGUCACUGAAACUAACAUACCCAGAAACUUUGGACCGCAUCAAGGAGGAGUUUCAGUUCCUGCAGACCCAAUACCACAGUUUGAAGCUGGAAUGUGAGAAACUGGCUACAGAGAAGACAGAGAUCCAGAGACACUACGUUAUGUAUUACGAGAUGUCCUACGGCCUUAACAUUGAAAUGCACAAACAGACGGAGAUUGCCAAGAGGUUGAACGUGAUCUGUGCUCAGCUCAUCCCGUUCCUGUCGCAGGAGCACCAACAACAGGUGGUCCAGGCCAUGGAGCGCGCCAAACAGGUGACCAUGGGGGAGCUAAAUGCUUCGAUAGGGGUACGUGGGCUCCCCCCUCUGCCUCAUAGCCAACAGCUACAGGCACAGCACCUCUCCCAGCAUGCCCAGGGUCUGCCAGUGGGACCACACCCAUCGGGACUGCCCCACCCCAGCCUGGCGCUGGGUGGAGGAUCUGGUCUGCUGGCCCUGUCAGGGGCUCUAGGGGCCCAGCUGGCUGCUAAAGAUGAGAGAGCUCACCUGGAGGCAGCCGCUGCUGCUGCUGCUGCUGCAGAGCACCACAGAGACCGUGAAGCUGGACCAAGCUCUCUGUCCAACGGGGAUAAGGGCCGCUCGGCAGACUACCUCAGCAAUGGGAAGAAGAGGAAGGCUGAUGAGAAGGAGUUCAUGACAGACUAUGGCAGCGAUGCAGAUAAGAGUGAUGAUAAUUUGGUGGUGGAUGAGGACCCGUCAUCCCCUCGCAGCGUGCAAUCCUACUCAUCCAGGGAGAACGGCCUCGACAAAAUGCCCCCAUCCCGUAAGGAAGGCCCCCCACAGGCUAGCCCCACGUCUCUAGCCUCGUCCAGCAGUGCCACCUCACCAUCUCGGGGCAAAGAUGCACCACAGAGGGAGAAGUCCAGCACUCCAGGUAUGAAGCCGGGGACUCCCAUGUCUCAGGAGUCCAACACUCCAGGACCAAGCGGACCUCCACAGUUCAGACCUGUCCCUGGAAAACCUGGUGUUGACCUUGCUCUGGGUCUAAGGAACCCCCUGGCAGUACAGGGAGCAUACCCCCCAGGGGCUUUUGGUCUCCCUCCUCCAGGAGUGAACGGGGACCUGCCUGGGGCGGCAGGUUAUGGCGCUGGUCUCCACUUAGUCUCCCCACAGAUGAACGGAGCUGCAGCAGCGGCAGCGGCAGCUGCAGCAGGAUAUGGACGAUCCCCAGUGGUGGGUUAUGAGUCUCCUCACCCCCAUAUGAGGGUCCCUGGGCUUCCUGCCAGCCUGCAGUCAGCUGCCUCAGGAAAACCCGCCUACUCCUUUCAUGUGAGCGCAGACGGACAGAUGCAGCCGGUGCCCUUCCCCCCCGACGCCCUGCUGGGCCCAGGAAUCCCUCGCCAUGCUCGUCAAAUCCACACCCUGAACCACGGAGAGGUGGUGUGUGCUGUCACCAUCAGCACCUCAACGCGUCAUGUCUACACCGGAGGUAAAGGUUGCGUCAAAGUGUGGGACAUCAGCCAGCCAGGAACCAAGAGCCCCAUGGCCCAGCUGGACUGUCUGAACAGGGAUAACUACAUCCGCUCCUGCAAGCUACUGUCGGACGGUCGAACUUUGAUAGUUGGUGGAGAGGCCAGCACACUGUCAAUCUGGGAUUUAGCCACACCCACUCCUCGCAUCAAGGCUGAGCUGACGUCGUCUGCACCCGCCUGCUAUGCUCUGGCUAUCUCUCCUGAUAACAAGGUGUGCUUCUCCUGCUGCAGCGACGGAAACAUCGUCGUCUGGGACCUUCACAAUCAGACUCUGGUCAGGCAGUUUCAGGGCCACACAGACGGAGCGAGCUGCAUCGACAUCUCCAACGACGGUACCAAACUGUGGACGGGAGGACUGGACAACACGGUGCGCUGCUGGGACCUGCGAGAGGGACGCCAACUCCAACAACACGACUUCACCUCACAGAUCUUCUCUCUGGGUUACUGUCCGACAGGAGAGUGGUUGGCUGUGGGAAUGGAGAGCAGUAAUGUGGAAGUGCUGCAUGUCUCCAAACCAGACAAGUACCAGCUGCACCUCCAUGAGAGUUGUGUUCUUUCUCUCAAGUUCGCCUACUGUGGUAAAUGGUUUGUGAGCACAGGAAAAGAUAACCUCCUGAAUGCAUGGCGGACACCCUAUGGAUCCAGCAUAUUCCAGUCUAAGGAGUCUUCAUCAGUCCUCAGCUGCGAUAUUUCCCCUGAUGACCAGUUCAUCGUCACUGGUUCUGGAGACAAGAAGGCCACAGUCUACGAAGUCAUCUACUGAACUCUUACUGGUUGAAAUAAAACAAACUGAUAACCAAGGGGCAGGGCUUGGCUUCCUCCUGCACCAAUGACUGUACAGAGCGUCUGUGGCAUCGAAAAACACAAGAAACUCGAAUCCUACUUUGUUGUUUUGUUUACGUUUGUGAAAGAAGUGAGAGAGAAAGAGGAGCAAGGGGGCACAAAGUCACAUCUCUGGAUAAAGAAAAACAAAGUGAACUUUGUUUUAAAGCUCUGAGAAUGCUGGUUAGUUUAUAGCUGCGCAAUUGUGGAUUCCUCCAAAGAAAUUUUGUUUUUGUUCCUUUGUUUCCUUUUUUUAACAAAAUAAAACCUCUGUAGUGAACAAGAAAUUAGAAAAAACAUAUUUUUUUAGCCUUUGAAUUUUUUGCAAACAGUUGGACUGCAUCGAUGGGAAAAGACGAGACAUGAGACGGAGGGAGGGCUGAAAGUCUGAAAAUACACUUAAUAUUCUGUGCUGUGUAAGAAGUCUCAGCCUGCAUUAGCCUGGCCUGGAUUGGCCUGGUUCGGCCCAGCUCAGGCCACAGCAUGUGGCCGGUCCUCGGGGGAAGCAGAUGUGUGGCAGAUGGCAGGAUGGUGUGCUGUGAAGUUCCAGCUACUUUUUUUUUUCCUUCUGGUUAAGUUUCAGCAGCGACAUGAUUGUAUCAUCUCCAGUUCAUAUGCCACAACACUGAACAGGGCUCGCUUUUCUCCAAAGUGUCCUGAAUGUUUGUCUUUGUUCCUUUUUUAUUUUGGUUUUCUCUGUGAAUGAACAAAGUCAGACUUAUUCUGAAGAUGUUUUUGGAGAACCAAACCUGGAACACAAAAACCAUAAAACCAAAAGGACUGAAAUCAGUCCAAACAGCUCUGACCAGACUCUCUGGAUAUGGCUUCAUCAUUAUCAUCCUUAACACUCUGCAUUUAAUGUUUUUUUUCUUUUCUAUUUGUUAGGGCACAUAUAGGCAGACAGGUCUUUUUACAGCUGCAUCAUGAAACCUUGAACCGUGCUAUAUAUGGACAUGUAAAUAAAGUUCUCUAAAAGCAAACAAG